UUUGUUUCAAAUUCAGGGUAAAACGACACCGAUUUCCCCAAGCCGCUUUUUCCCGCCCAGUAUAAAUAACCUUCCCGCUGAGCCAAAGAGAUCACCAAAAUUUCAAACUCGGAAGCACAUUCAAAACAAUUUCUAGCUAAGCUGAUCAUUUGCUUCAAAUCGCUGCUCUAAUUUUUGCAAAUUAAAGAAGGUGUUAUGAUGGAUUCAUAUUCUCUAAAAUCUGUGUCGGAUUUGCCUGCAAUAUUUCGUUCAAUUUUUAGUUUCAGAUACUUCAAUUCACUGCAGAGUGAGUGUUAUCCUGUCUGUUUCUAUUCCGAUGUAAAUAUGGUUAUCUCAGCCCCGACUGGAAGCGGUAAAACUGUUCUCUUCGAGCUGUGUAUUUUGAGGGUUCUUUCAAAGUUCAUAUCUGAAGGGAGGUUUAACCAUAUAAAGGGAACUCUUAAAGCAGUCUACAUAGCACCAUCCAAGGCUUUAGUACAGGAAAAACUCCGUGAUUGGACUCAGAAAUUUGGAGCAUUAGGCAUAAAUUGCUUGGAGUUGACAGGGGACAAUGAAUUCUACAACAUUAGGACUGUACAAGAAGCAGACAUUAUCCUAACUACUCCUGAGAAAUUUGAUGCAGUGACUCGAUAUCGCAUCAAGGACGGUGGCUUAAGCUUUUUCAGCGACAUUGUUCUCUUACUUAUCGAUGAAGUACACCUAUUGAAUGAUCCAAGAGGAGCAGCUUUGGAGGCAAUAGUUAGUAGAAUAAAACUGAUUGCUCAGAACCCUGAAAUGAAAUCAAGUCCUCUAUCUUGUAUCCGUUUUCUGGCAGUUUCAGCUACGAUUCCAAACAUUGAGGAUAUUGCUGAGUGGCUUAAUGUUCCAUUUGAAGGAAUUAAAAGGUUUGGAGAAGAAAUGAGGCCUGUGAAGUUGACAACUAAAGUUUUUGGCUACACCCCAGCAAAGAAUGAUUUUCUAUUUGAAAAGCGUCUUCAAAACUAUAUUUUUGAUAUUCUUAUGCAAUAUUCGAAAGGAAAAUCUGCUCUUGUUUUCUGCUCAACUAGAAAAGGAGCACAGGAAGCAGCACAGCGACUAUCUCAGACAGCAAUGACCUUUGGUUAUUCAAAUCCAUUCAUUAAAGGCAAAGAACAGCAAGACAGGCUACGAGACGCUUCACUAUCAUGUAGUGACAAACAAAUGCAAUCGUAUAUCAUUUAUGGUGUUGGUUAUCACAAUGGUGGGCUUUGCUUGAAGGACCGCAACCUUGUCGAGAGUCUCUUUCUCAAGGGUGAUAUCCAAGUUCUGUGUACCACAAACACCCUUGCCCAUGGAGUCAAUUUACCAGCGCAUACAGUAGUCAUUAAAUCGACACAACACUUCAACAAGGAAAAAGGUCUUUACAUGGAGUAUGACAGAUCCACUGUACUGCAGAUGUGUGGGAGGGCAGGUCGGCCUCCAUUUGACGAUUCUGGACUGGUCAUAAUCAUGACGAGAAGAGAAACAGUCCAUCUGUACGAAAAUCUUUUAAAUGGAUGUGAAAUGGUAGAAUCACAACUGCUUUCAUGUGUGACAGAGCACUUGACUGCAGAGAUAGCUCAGUUGACAGUUUCUGACAUUGCAAGGGCAAUGGAAUGGAUGAAGUGCUCAUAUUUAUAUGUUAGGAUGAAAAAGAACCCUGAGAAAUAUGCAGUUAACAAAGGAAUUUCCAGUGAUCGCAUAGAAAAGCACGUCCAAGAUAUCUCUCUUCAGAAGGUUAAUGAAUUAUCACACCAUGAAAUGAUCUGGACUAGUGAAGAUGGGUUCCUUCUAAAGCCUCUCGAACCUGGAAGGUUGAUGACCAAGUACUAUCUGAAAUUCGACACAAUGAAAUACAUUAUGCAGACACCAGAUAGAUGCAGUUUGGAAGAAGCACUGAAUGUUAUUUGUCGUGCAGAGGAAAUUUCUUGGAUACAACUCAGACGCACUGAGAAGAAGCUCUUAAAUGACAUUAAUACUGACAAAGAUGGGCGACUUCGCUUUCACAUAAAUGGUGAUAAAGGGAAACGGAAGAAACGUAUUCAAACUAAGGAAGAGAAGAUAUUUGUUCUUACAAAUGAUUGCUUGACUGGGGAUCCUUCAGCUCACGACUUAUCCCUGACACAGGACAUGAAUUCUAUAUGCUCAAACGGGAGUAGAAUUUCCAAGUGCAUGAAAGAGUAUUUUAUUUUCAAAAAGAAUUACAAAGGAGCUGUAAAUUCAAUCCUUCUAGCCAAAUCAUUAUAUCAGAAGCUCUGGGAUGACAGUCCAUACUUGCUGAAACAAUUGCCGGGUAUAGGCAUGGUGACAGCAAAGGCUCUUCAUUCAAUGGGUAUUAAAUCAUUUGAUCAAUUAGCUGACGCUGAUCCAAGGAGAAUAGAGAUAGUUACUGGCCGGAAAUACCCGUUUGGGAACCAUAUCAAGGAUUCUUUGCUGUCAUUACCUCCCAAAGUCAACUUUGAUAUAGUGGAGACAGCUUGCCAGAGGCAAGGGAAGUCCAAAGUAGUGGUGACAUUGACGAGAUUAUCGCAACCUAUCCAAUCAGCUAAGCGGCAUUAUGCUGAUAUGAUAGUUGGUACGGAAGAAGAUAACCUGAUUCACUUUCAAGAGAAAAUAAGAGUGGACGAGUUCACCAGUCCCUACAGUGCAACACUUCUCCUAUCAAUUCCCCAAGAACAGAAGCUGACAGUGAAGGCUGAUCUGAUCUUCGAAGAAUACAUUGGUCUUGAUUUCCAUAAUAAACUCCUACUGAUGAAGGACAAUGAUUCCGACAUCAAAUCCAAGCGUGGGCAUAACCGCCCUUCCUACUUUUCUCCACCUAAGGAAGUUUAUGUCAUUGAAGAUGACAAUGAACCUGUAUGGCAUGCUCCAUCCGGAAAGCUUAGCAAUUUGACAAAAUCUAAAGCAGAUCGCAGCUCAAUGCCAAGUUUCAAGCUCAUAGAUGAAGAGCUGGAAGAAGUUGAGUCAGCUAUUGAAACAAAGGACAUCCAUAACAUUGUAUCUGAGCAAGGAAUUUUUGACCACAUUCGCGAGAAGGCCAAGAACUUUCCUGUCUUUACUCCUUCAAGAAGUGCCAGCUCUCCACUGUCAGAGGCUCCUCUUUUCACAAGGAACCGUCGACAUGAUAAUGACCAUAAAGUUGAUGGUGAGCUGGUUGACGUGGAAGUGAUAGAAUAUACCAAAAUUCCACAACAGAAUGUCCUGAAUCUGACUUCAGAAAUCAGAGAGCCGGAGCAUAAGAGACACAUCAACAAGCAUCCGACUCGCACUCCUGUUAAAAAUUUGAGUGCCAUGAAUUUCGUGGAAGAAAAAGGGGGUCAUCCUACUGAAGAAACAAUAUUUGAUCACAUACGGGAAAAAGCAGAUAAUUUUCCGUUGUUGUCAAGAAUUAAGCAGUCUGAAUCUCCAUUGUGGACUAAGGAGAGCACUAUGGAGUAUGAGCCUGAAUUUUACAGUGCCGCUAAGGGUACAUUGGGAGCAAAACCUGAUGACAAGAUAAAGAAUAACAGCAGAAUCAUUUCAGAACUGGAACCUGAAGGAAUAGUUUCAAACAUCAGAAAUGCUUCAUCUCCUACAGGAAUUUUAUCGUUCGACAUUUCGAUGAUGAAGGAUAACACUCGACCGAUGGACACAGAAAACGCCAUGGAUUACAAGAGGAAGAAGCAUUUUUCUCCGAAUGAAUCGAAAAGGCAAUGCUGCUCAUUCGAUGCGGUAGGCAAAACAAGGGAAGUAGACUCAUUUCUUGGAUUUGAAAGCGUAUUUUCAUUUCUGUGAGUCCAUUUUCAAUUGCAUAUGCAUGUGGGUGUUCCUGUAAGUAGAUGAUCAUUUUCCUGAAAGUAACACAGAAAUUACCUUGUUUACUGAAACAAAUCAAACGGUAACUAAAUUUGACCAAAACCAAAUGGUAGUGCUUCUGCUCUCUCAACGUGGCAGCUUACGUGUCAUGACUGUAUUAAACCUGACGGCAACACAGUGUUUCAGGUUUGUCUUUUUCUCCGGAAUUUUCUAUAGCUUCUUUCAAUAGAUUAGAGCUUGUUGCUGUUACUAACUCUGGGAUUCCUGCUGAAUUCUAUUCACAAUCACUUUUGUAAGUAAUUCUAAAUCCCAGCUCUUUAUUUCUUUUUUCACUUCAUUUAAAUCUGGUUUUUGUAGUCUCUAAAUAAUGAAUAAGUUCCUCCGUUUGAUGUAGAAAGUUGCAGCUUAAGAUGAUAUGAUUUUUA